UUGCAGGUUAGCUCUGUGGGUUAGCUACAUGGAUGCUACGGAAAUGGGAUUGUUAACAGAGACUGAGUUGAGAACUGGAGCUGGAGCGACAAACCUCAGCAGCAGUUAACAUGAGAUAAAACCAAGAGAGGCGGCCAUGUGUGACUAGACCAGAAGCUGACAGCUGAAGCAUGGAUUUCCUCAGCCUGUUCGCCGCCUACGUGCUGCUGGUGCUCACGUGCAUCAUCCUGCUGUGUAAAUACUCAGGUCAACAGCAAACUCCAUUUCUCACUUUCUUCAACUUUGUCGUGAAGUUUGUCGCACCCAUUACACCAAAAUGGCUCCAGACGUUUUCACAGCGGACCUUACACAGGCUGUUCCAUCAAAGGAGCAACAUGUUCAUCUAUCUGCAUCUCCUCCUGGAGUGCGCUGUGUAUGCAGAGUUCACCUAUGAGGUGCUUGGCUUCUGCAUGGAGAUGGACACCACUCUGACCAGCCUGUCAGUGCCUUACAUCCUGCUGGCCGUCAAGACCUUCUUCUUCUACCUCUGCAUCAGGAGAGAUCCAGGCACAGUUACAGAGAAGAAAGUGUCUGGUCAGCAGCACGUCUAUCCAUACGACAGGAGACUCUUUCACCCGGGGGUUUCCUGUCCGACCUGCCAGCUUAUCAAACCCGCUCGCUCCAAACACUGCAGGGUCUGCGACAGGUGCGUCCAGCGCUUCGACCACCACUGUGUCUGGGUGAACAACUGCAUCGGUGCUCUGAACACACGCUACUUCCUGCUCUACCUCUUCAGCGUUUGUGCCAUGGCGGGCGACAUGGCAGUGCUGACGGCAGACAUGCUGCUCCACGCCGUUUUGCGCUCAGGACUUCUGAGGGCCAGUUACGUGGAUGAGUUUGGUGAGCAGCAGACGGCCGGGCCUCUGUUUGUCGUGCAGCAUCUGUUCCUGACCUUUCCCCGAAUCGUCUUCAUGCUGGGCUUUCUGGUCUUUGUCUUCUUCCUGCUGGCGGGUUACGCCAUGUUCCAUUCCUACUUGGCUCUUGUCAACCAAACGUCCAACGAGUGGUACAAAAGUCGAGGUUCCGUUUGUCAGCACUGCCACCCGACAUCAACAUCGGACCACCUCUGUCAGCCAGCGCCAGACCACUCGAAAAGAUACUUCUACAGCCGAGGGCUUCUCAGAAACCUGGGGGAGAUUUUCUAUCCUCCGCAACCUGUUCGGAAAAAAGACAACUGAAAAGAGACACUGCCCCUUGUGUUGUUAUGCUGCAUUUACUGUACGUCCCUUUGGGGUUUACUGUCUGACUGGAGUAAUAAAGUUUACAUUUGUGAUAUCUGUAUGAGCUCUGGUGUCUAUCUCCCAUGAAAUGUAGUGAAUUGAAAAGAUGUGCUCCAAAGAAAAAAGUGAUCCUUGUCAUGUCAGAUCAUUGUCUUUGAAUAUAAUGUUCCAGCUGCAGAUCUAAGACACCUUAUUGAAUCCCUUUUUUUUAUUCCUAUGGCUGCUAUCAAUUAAAGCAUAAAUGCUUCUUAAGCUGGAGCAAAUUACAUAACAUAUAAUUCGUUCUCUGUGAAUGUCAUACUUUAGAUACAGUUGUAUUUUUUUGGAGGGUGUUUAGUGCGAUUAGUGAUUUGAAAAAAAAAGAUUUAAUCAAAAAACCCUUGAUGACUCAUCAAUUUAUUUUAUGUUAAAUGGAAUAAUAUGUUUCAUUUAUUGAUCUUGUGCACUAUAUUAUAGUGACUAUUUUUUCCAUUUUUUCUGCUGCUUUGUGAACCAAGUGGAGAAUAUCAUGUUUUGUGGAUUCCUCAAUUGGGAGAUUAAAAUGACUUUAAUAUUU